AUGAGAAGGGUCAAAACAGAAUAGAGUACACUUAUCGAGCUUAUUAAAAAAAAAGAACCUUUGACUAUUCAACCCCAAUAGAAACCAAAAAAUAGAAAAUUAAGCUAAUUGGGAUAUUUCAAUUCUCUAAAUAUUUCUAAUGCUAAAGUGAAAUUAAGUAUCUUAAUGAGAGAUAUUGUAAUCCCUACUCAUAGUGGUGACAAAAAUUUAUCAUAUAAAAUAAAAAAUAAAAACAGAUCCAUUAUAGCUGAGGACAAAAAACCUAUUCGUAACAAUAAUAAGCCUUCAAGAUUUAUAGACAUUCAAGAAAACUAAAUAUUUAAAAAGUAAUAUUAUGCUAAUCCAAAGUAAGUAUUUGAGAAUAUCACUUUACGAAAUAACACGUCUAAUUAAAGAGCAAAUGUUCAAAAAAUUAAAAAGAACUUGAAAUUAUAAUAAUAAACAUUCGAAUAAUAAUAAAUAAUACAUGAUUUAAUUGUUUUGCCUUAAGUAAUUAAUCCAGAAUAAUAAAGCAAAAGUGUAGCUUAUAUAAAAUCAGUGAGAUAAUAUGAAAAAUAAGAGUAACUCUAUCAUAUCGAAGGCUCUCUAGAGAAAACAAUCGAAGAUUUCAAUAUUCGAAUGUUCGGUAGUAGAACUGUAAAGAAACUAAUAAACUCUGUAAAGCCAUGGGUCAAUCAAUUGCAAUAGAGGAAAUAAACAAAAUAUAAACGAAUUAGAUUGGAAAUGGUCUAAUUGCUGACACAUAUACAUAAAUUAAAAUUAACUCUAGAAGAAUUUUCUAAAGGGGAUGUAUUUCCAAAAGUGCCUUAUCAAAGCCCAAGGAGUGAAAGGUUCUUUUGUUUAUGUAAAAUGAAUAAGGGUGAUUAAAUUUAGUAACUCUUAGAAUUAGAGAAAUAUCUCGUCUAUGAAUAUGAUCCUUCUUUUAUGACAGCACUUCAUUGGUGUUGCGUAAGAAAUUGUAGAGCUGCAGCAUUAAUUCUUCUUAAAAGUGGUGCAGACCCAGAUGCAUAGGAUAUGAUAGGUCGAACUCCCUUAUUUCUUGCACUUUUACAUAAUAACAAUGACAUAGCAUAGUUACUAUUGUAUCACAAAGCAGAUCCUUGGAACAAGGGAAUUUUAGAUUAUAACGAAGCAAUUACUCAUAGUAUUGAAGGCAAAACAAUUUUACAGUAAGCAAGAAGAACUCAUAUCCUAUUGAGAAUGACUCCUCCUGCAGAAAGAUAAUUUAUUUGGCAAUCUAAAUAAUUUUUGAUGAUGUGUGAAUGAAUGAUUAUUAGUAAUAAAAUUCAUAUCUUU